GUCCGGUUUUGAGGCUUGAUUCACCUGAGAGUCGGAGUUGCACAGUUUCGUUGUGACUCCAGCUUUGUGUUUUAACGUGACAUUUAUCAGGGGCCUCAGUAACUCCGCCUCCAGCUCUUCAUGUUCACAGGAUAAAACAAAAUGAAAAAUAUUCAAAUUAAAAUGGAUUAAUGCAGAAACUGCUCUCAGCUUUAUCACCUUCCUGCUCAUUAAACACAGCACUGUUCCUGAAUCAGUCACUCUGACUUCUGCAGCACAUUAAAAGCAGAGUUCCAGCUCAGGUCACGUGUUCAUGACGUUUUCUCUGUGACGUGGGCUGGAUCAGAUCCUCCUCUGGGUUUUCCUGAACUCUUACCUGCCUCAGAGUUCAGACCUUCGUGCCAUGAGCCACUCUGGGUUCUUUAUCCGGGCCAGAGAGGAGGAGAAGCGAUGGAUGGAGGGGGAGAGAGAGACGGAGAGAGAGAGAGCUGCAGCGCUGAGUGGAGAGGAAGUGAGAGACUUUUACCGGAGUCUGGUUGAAGACGAGGACGGCGUGAGGAGAGACAGACGACGAGGGAGAGCAGGACGGAGUCAUGGAAAAGGAGGCGGAGCUCGUAAAGGAGAGGUGAAGAGUCUCCAUGGUGAGGUAGAGAACUCGGCGACAGCGCCCCCUGCAGGCCGUACUGAGGGUUACAGGUUGCUGCAGUGUGCAGAGCAGGGGGAUGUCCGGGGCGUGGAGGCGGUCCUGAGGCGGGGCUGUGAUGUCAACUUCAGAGACCAGUUUAACUGGACCGCCCUGAUGAGCGCCUCGUACUCCGGGAGAACCGACACGGUGCGAGUCCUGCUCCAGAGGGGGGCGCUGUGGGCAUCGAUCACAGACACACAGGGGAGAGAUGCUCGUGCUCUGGCUCGUCUCGCUGGUCAUCAUGAUGUUGUCACUCUACUGGAGCGAUUCAGCGUCACACAGAACUCACACACUGCUGCUGAGCCAAUACACAGCCCCCCUCCCCCUCAGUGGUGUGACGUGUGUGAGGCGUGUUAUACGGACAGCGUGCACACGCACACCUCGUCCACGCUGCACCAGUUCAGUCUGAAGCGUCCUCCGUCCGUCCCUCACUACUGUCUCGCUCCCUCCAGUGUAGGGUACCGGGUGAUGCUGCGUUUGGGAUGGGACCCUCACUCCGGCCUCGGCCCCGAACACUCGGGACGCCUCGGCCCCGUCGGCACCGUGCUCAAAUCCGACACGGCCGGCCUCGGGUUCAGGCCCACGCCCAGGUCAAAGGUCACGCACUUCAAGGCCAACGACGUUCAGGCGGUCCGCAGGGUGCCGAAAAGACGAGGGGACGGACAGGAGCGAGGGACGGCGGUCAGCGCGAAGGACAGGAAGAGGACGGAGGAGAGACAGAGACAGUGGGAGAGAGAUUACCGCACCUCGUUCAACAUCGACGCAUGACCUUUGACCUCUGAUACUGUAGUCAUGUGAUUGUGUCGCCCUCUGGUGGCCUGAAACCCACAGGACUGUUUAAUUUAUCACGGUUUUAUUCUUUCACCAUUUUCACUGAAGAGUCUCGACCUCACACUGUACAUGUGGAUGUGUUUAUUUUAUUCUGACAUUAAUGUAAUAAAACACCAAAAUAAACCGAA